GAUUCCCCCCACUCCCCUUAGUGAAACGUUUUCAAGGUAAAGGCCUAUUGUGCGACGGAAGUGGGAUAUCCCUAUUCCCUGUCAACUAUCGCUCUGCUUUUCUUAAAUACCUCUCCGUUAUAACCACAAAAACAGCUCAUAGCUCGUUGGGAACUAGACUCAUUUGUGUGGGAAUUAGACUCCUGCGGCUAGUCCAUACACUUGUUAGUUACAUAUAAACUGACAAAAGAGUCUAGGUUGCCGCAUAGUUAAAUUAGCACACUAGCUCUCAGGCAGACCACGAUAGAGGCCAUCGUUUCCGCAUAGAAUCAAGCAUAAAGGGCCAAGCCCAGGAAAACGGUUGUUACCCCACUGUGGAUUCCCUGAAUAGUACCAGGGUGGAGGCAGUCGUAGGCAUAGUGGGCGCCACGUGAAGUGUGGUUUCGGCUUCCUCCAUGAGUAACAACGCUGGUCAAAGAGCUCCACGGACCCGGGCGGCGAAGGAAGCCCAGGGGGCAGGGGGGACAACGACAUGGAUCCCUCAGGACCAGAGAAUGGACCCAUCCUACAGGCCAACCACCACUGCAGGCCCAACCACAACAUGCAGUGGUGGAGGGAACUCCUGUGUCCUGAGUAAGCUGAUCCAGCUGCCGGCGCCGCCGCUAUCGCGCCACCAGCUGAAGAAGUUGGAGGAGCACAGAUACAGCAGUGCAGGCCACUCCCUUCUGGAGCCCUUCAUGCAGCACUACUGGGAGUGGCUAGUGGCGCGUGUGCCGGCAUGGAUAGCCCCCAACCUCAUCACUAUCGUGGGCUUGGCCACAAACAUAAUCACCACAUUGGUUUUGGUGUACUACUGCCCCACUGCCACUGAACAGGCACCUCUGUGGGCAUACCUGUCUUGUGCAGUGGGCCUCUUCAUCUACCAAUCACUGGACGCCAUCGAUGGGAAGCAGGCACGGCGCACCAAUAACAGCACCCCGCUGGGAGAGCUCUUUGACCAUGGUUGUGACUCCCUCUCGACAGUGUUUGUGGUCCUGGGUACCUGCAUCGCCGUCCAGCUUGGCACUAACCCUGACUGGAUGUUCUUCUGCUGCUUUGCCGGCAUGUUCAUGUUCUACUGUGCCCACUGGCAGACCUACGUAUCAGGCACCCUGCGCUUUGGCAUCAUUGAUGUGACUGAAGUGCAGUUCUUCAUUAUAAUCAUGUAUUUGCUGGCUGCCAUCGGAGGAUCAGCUUUUUGGCAGUUCUUGAUCCCUGGGGUGAACAUCCAGAUUAAGAUCAUUCCAGCCAUCCUCACUGUGGCAGGAGCCAUCUUUUCCUGCACCAACUACUUCCGGGUCAUAUUCACGGGAGGUGUAGGAAAGAACGGAUCCACCAUAGCGGGAACGAGUGUCCUGUCGCCGUUCUUCCACAUAGGGUCAGUUAUCACUCUGGCUAUUAUGAUCUACAAGAAGUCUGCGUCCCAGCUGUUUGAGAAGCACCCCUGUCUCUACGUCCUGGCCUUUGGGUUUGUGUCGGCCAAGAUCACCAACAAGCUAGUGGUGGCUCAUAUGACCAAAAGUGAGAUGUCUCUCCAUGACUUGGCUUACCUGGGGCCAGGGCUGCUCUUCUUGGACCAGUAUUUUAAUAGCAUCAUAGACGAGUACUUGGUCCUCUGGGUGGCACUAUUCCUGUCCAUCUUUGACCUGGUGCGCUACUGCGUCAGCGUCUGCAACCAGAUCGCCUCCCACCUGCACAUCUUUGUGUUCAAGAUCAAACCCCCCAACCUGCGGCCCGCUGCUGCAUCUCAGUCAGGCAAAGAUGUGUGGUGACACUUGUGUCCCUGGUCUGGUGACACUGUCCGUACGGAGAUGAAGUUGGUGGGUGUACCUCUACCGCCCUUGUCACCACAGGAUUCCCAUUGGAUGAAACAAAUUGGAGGCGGUCUCUCCACGAAUGUAUUAGCCAAUGAAAUUAUGAAUACAUUGAGGGCGGUGGGGGGGGAAAAAGAAAAUUAUUUAUUUCAAUCUAUUUGUUGUGCAAUAAUGCUCUGUUUUUGCCGAUGUUGUGUUGUUUUGGUGUUAAAGGUUCAUAACCGAAGAGAAAGGGGUUUUGUUUAGUUUGUCAUAAAAGAGCACCCCGCUAUUUGGUAACAAACUAUUUGAGAAUUAGUUGUCUAACCAAACUUUAUGGAUAGGGGUUAAUGUUGCUUACUAUAACCAUGCUGCCACUAUCUGUGUAUUAGCUAUUUUUUGGACUGAAAUAAAUGUUUUCCAUGGGAAAGAGGAGGUUAUACCUAAACAAGUAAUAUUAUAUUUAUCUACAGGAAAAACACCUACAGUUUAUUAAUGUGUCAGAGCAGUAUGACGGAAUUGAAACGUCUCUGUUCUUUCAGUAUUGGUACUAGUUCAGCUCCUCUACGUACAAUAACUACUUGUUCCACUCAAAACAUUAGUCCUCUGUUCAAGGUGUAGUUCUGUGUACUGCAUUCUGGGGUCUCGUCAUUAACCAAGUAUUACACUUUAGAACUAUACCCAUCCAUGGUCAAACAUAAGGAAUGUUUUUUUUUCUGCAAAAGUUAAGGAAUGCCUCUUACCGUAUCGAUUUAGCUUAUAUCAAACAGUGACGCACAGAGUAUUCAAAUGUCUGCAGCUAAUGUCUCAUAACAAGAGUAGAACUUGUCAUUGUUCUCUUUUGUGUGUAUCAUAUGCCCCACUGUAGUGGUCACAGCCAAUAUAUCUAACUGAUGGUGUUCAACCAAUCGAAACACCCAUUCAAACGUACCUUUUCCCCCCCCCCCCUUGGAUUGUUUGUCAUUUCUGAGCAAUGCAGAGAUUUUGAAAAUUAAAUGCGAAGGGUGAAUCAAUCGUUGGCCGUUAAAAAAAAAUGCUUCUGUCAUUCUUUUGUGUUUGGUCAAAAUUGUUACUUUGUCAAAGAAAAUACAUUUUUAAAUAAACAAGCUUAUGUAAAAUAAAGAUUUGCUAUAUUUAUAACAGAUCUAGAGUCUGUUGGAAGACAGCAUAAUUAGAAGAAGAAAAAACUUUCAAUAGAGGGGAGAGAGAAUAAGGUUUCAGAGGGAUAGACACAAACACACACGUUCACUCCCGCCCCAUUUAUACCUAGUUCUAACAUGCAUCCUUCGUGCGGAUAUUGUCCUGAUGUCCGUUUGUACUUUUAAGAUUGAUCACAAUCAGAUCACAAGGAGUCUUAAUUGUCUACACACCCAUCUAAAAAUAUGGACACAAUAUGAAUGUGGAUAAGAUCAAGACAAAGGACAUGUUAGAACCAGGUAUAAACGGGGCUUCUCUCUCACAAGCACUCGGUCGCUCACACAGAUCUGGACCACCUUGCUUUAUUCUGCAACAUAGCAGAAUUUAGUUUCUUUAUUCUGUGUACCACAAUCCAUGCGUAUAUUCAACAUAACUCACAAAUAAAACUAUGAUCUGUGAAUAUAUUACAUAUUUAGUUCAUAAAACCAUAUUCUGUAUAUAUUUCACAAAUGAAACCAUAGGGCUCUAUUUUAACAGAUCUAACUCAAUGGUAAAUCUAAGCACUGCUGGUAGCGCUAUAGGUUCGGGGGGGCUCAAAUAUUUGAGCUAUUUUCACAACCACUAUCCACUCAGAUGUUUUGUGUUACCGCGAAAGGCCUGGGUUUUGAUGAAUUAACAAAUUGUGGAUGUGUCGAGGAUUGGCAGCGCACUGGCCAAUCAGAACGUGCUCCAUGGCUAAAUAUGUGGUUGCUUCAAGUUGUAUAUUUAAGGUCUUUUAUGUAUUGCCUUGGGAUCAACGCCAAAGUUAGUACGUUAUAGUUAAACAGCUUAAAGAAACAAAAUAGCUAAAUGUAGUCCCAGCCUCCCUAAAUAUGUUAACUUGAACCUGUUUGCAAUCCACUUGUUCUAAGUAAUUGCAUGGCUUCAAUGUGGAAAUAUACUGAAAAAAAAUAUAAAUGCAACGUGUUGGUCCCAUGUUUCAUGAACUGAAAUAAAAGAUCACAGAUA